UGUUUUGAUUUUAGCUGUCUACAUAGCCCAACUCAAGACUUUCGACCCCAAUACAAAUUUAAUCUCGUCCUUUGGUAAAUUUGGAACUGCAGUUUUAUUGCUGCUUCCUAUUCUAAUGGCUGUUACUAUACUUACACCCAUCAUAAAAACUUCAACUGAGCAGUCUAACGGUACCUUCUGCACGCUGAUAGACAUAAAAGAUUUUAAAAGCAUAAGCACCAUAGAUAUCAUAGUUCCUUUACUCAUUGCCUUCCUAUUGUUAUUUAUAUCCCUGCUCUUAUACUUCCAUCGAUUCAGCAAAGUCAGUUUAAAUCAGUCAGAUAGUCUAGAAAGACCAGAAUCGGCAGUGGACAGUCCUGUACCUUACAUACUAGCUGUGUCUGUAUGUCUAGUCUGCAACUUGCCAAACAUAAUUUAUGUUUUGAACAAAGAUGAAAAUAUGACUGCUCUGUUUCUGUUAAGAAUUUACAUGUCAGAUGAAGUUCUACAAGACGUGUUAACAUACUUACUUUCCAUGUCGUGGCUGUGGUUUAAAGACGUCAGAGAUAGAAUUAAAGGUUGUUGUUCUUGUCGUCAUACGAGACAGAAUGUCAACAUACCAGUUGCCACAGCAACCAUGGGACUUUGAUUAUACCUCACAUUUGUAGUUGGGAAAACAAUGAUGACUGAUGCAUUAAAAAUAUGAAAAUACAAUUUACCUGUGAUUUUUAUGAACGAGUUAUCGUUACAUUAAAUAUACAUACCAGUAAUUAACAGAAGAUAUACAAAAAUUACAAAAUUAAUUAUAUUUUAAUUAUUAGCCAUAUUAUAUUAAAAAUUAAAUAAAAACAUAAU